GCUAAGCAUUACAGACCAAAACGUGUCAAAGAAGUUUACGAAUGGCUUCUGGUUAAUAAUCUAGAGCAUUACUACAUUAACUUUGAGCAAAAUGAGCUGACGGAUCUGCAGAAAAUUGCUCAGCUCCAGUUACCAGAUGAAAGCACUUAUUUUGAUUUAGAAAUUACUAUGCCAGGACACAAGAAAAGAUUGGAAAGAGCAGGUAGAGUGGUGUUUCAUCAAAGUGGUUAGUCCACAGACUGGCACUUGCCCUGAGCCUUAUGUUGUCGGGUCCGCAGAUUUUUAUGGAGGUUCAAAUAAAAUGAUAUAAAAUAGUGAAAAAUAAGGCACCAGUCCCUGGUGCCGUGAGAAACUUAACAACAGGUCAUCUAAACUUAAAAGUUUGGGAAACACUGAGGUUAUCUAAUAGAUGACCAAUUAAUCUUUACUGUCACUAUAGGAUUGUCUUUUCUUUCAAUGCUUAGAAGAUAAUCAAUAAUUGUUUAUGUUCAAUUUACAUCCAAUUUAAGUUCACAGUAUAAAUUAUAAAUGAAUUAAUUAGAAUAUGUCUAAUUAUUUAAAUCUGAUUUUUAAUGUAAUGUCAAAGGCCAUAAAGAGUAAAAAAGCAUCAUUGCCUUGAUAAUUGCAUUGCAAAAUAAAUUUCAGUGCAAACAUUGCAUCAAUUGUUUUAAAUAGUAGUCUGCCAGUGGGGAUGUCAUCCCAGUAUCUGGCCAAGCCUCUUUUAUUGCACAUUGUAUUUGUAAUUUUAUUAUCACUUUAUGCUAUUGUUUCUCUUUUGUUACUACAGUAGUAAAUCUGAAACAGAAGUUGAUCCCUGAAAAACCAAUUACAUUUGGGAGAUGGGGAAGGCCAUCCUGUCUCCCCCAAGCAAAGUUUGAUUUCUUAUGUGUAAAAGCCUCAAUAUUUUCUCAUAAGAAACCAGCUGAUAAAGUUUGUAUAGGUAAGAAUAUGAUUAGAUGUCAUUUCUAUGGAUGUACUUGUCAUCCUGAAGCAAUCACAAAUUUGGUGAAGUUAACAUAUUUUCAAUUUUAAAAAAAUUGAUUGUUAUAAAAAGAUGUGUCCACUGUAAUAAAAUAUAUCAUGGAAUUUGAUUAUUUUUUUUUUACUUUAAUAUCUCAAUGAUCUAUAAGCCAUGUUUAUUCUCUUGCUCCAAUUUAAUAUUGAGAUACUAGAUGUGUGUGUUGAUUGUUUGAUUGACAGUUUGUUUAUCUUUUAGAAAAUCUCUUAACCAAAUUUUCUCAAUAAUUCUGCCCAUCCUAGCGAGCUGAAUUUCUGUAAACAGGCCAGACUGGUAACUUAUUUUAUCUUUCAAAUUCUGGCUGAUCCAAUAUUUACACUUUUCAGUAUUAAUGUAGCUGAAAUAUUUAAUAUCAAUAGGUUCAAAUUUGAAAGAGAUCACAAGUGUCAAGGAAUGUAUCAAUGAUAAUAAUAAUAAUUGAAUUUAGAUUUAAUAAAGCUGCUUCCCUGAAUAAAAAUAAUAAAAAGCAAAUGUUUAAUCCUCAUCAUUGACCCUACAGGCAUUAGAGGCCUGCUCCACCACAUCCAUUGGGACUGACUAACACUUUUUGUCUCCAUGCGCACUAGUGCCCAGCUGAUGUAAAUUCAUUCCUGCAUCAUGAACAGAGCUGUCUGCCCUUAGGUUUAUGUCUGAGAGUGUCUGUAAACCACUUUUGCUCCUCUAUAAUCAUGCAUCCUCUUGAGUUUUUCCUGUCAACGCAGCCUGCCUUUUUUAAUUUGCGCUACAAGGGUUGGGACUUCGUAUAACUGGUAUAUUUCUUGAUUUGUCCAAAUGCUCCAUCCAUAAUUAUCCUUUAAGACCCAGAGACUUUUCCUGUCCCACGUAUUGAGCAGGUUUUCCGCUUUCUCGGUGAGGGUCCAUAUCUCACUUGUAUACAUUACUACCUUUCUUAUAAUUAGCAAGUUAUAUGGUUUUCUUUGUUUUCCUUGACAAGUUUCUGCUUCCCAGUUUGGUCCUACAAAAACUCAGUUUAUUCAUUUCUUUUUAAAAUCUUUUGGCGUUUGCUAAUAAAUUGUCUUGUUAUAAAAUGUUAAAAGUCUCAUUUUAAAACAAUCUGAGGAAUAACACUGAUAUCUGAUAUAUAAUAUAAUCUUUUCUUCUAGACUUUAUGGUUGACUCUGGCAGUGAUGUUUCCACUGUCCAGGAGGAAAUCCUAAUGUCCUUGGAUCUGGAACUGCUAGGUCCCAUCUACAGCUGUGGUAUACACGGGGGAAACCACACAAACCUGUACAAAGCAUGUCUCAAAAUAGGUGAUGAGGAGAUGGACAUUGAGGUAAACUGGCAUAUAGUGCAUGACCAAAAUUAUGAAACGCAUUUGUACCAUGAAAAAUGUAUCUGUUAAUGUCAUAUUUGGAAUCAAAACAAUUGCUGUCAUUUUCGGUGCAGAUUACUAAGCCAAUUGUUCAUGUUCUUUAAGAUGAACAUUACUUUUUUCAAUAUCAAUAUUAAAGCUUUAAAGUGCUCAUGAAAUAUUGGUUCUGACCUGUACAUUUUGACUAUUUAUUUGUAUUUAUUUAUUUAUAAAUAUAUGUCUCUAUUUAUUUUUUUUCCAGAUUAUGGGCAGUAAUUAUGAUUCCUUAGGCAGUAGAGUUGUGAGACACUUUCGACAUGUUAUAGAUGGACAGCAUCAUGUAUGGCUUAAAGGAAAUUACAAAGAUCCACUUCCUGCUGUCAUUCCACUGCCAGCCCCCAAAAUGCUGCCAGGUAUCAUGGCCACCCCUGCAGUGCCUUCUGUCCCAUCUGCCAAAAUCAAGCCUACAGCUUCUUUCGCUGCUGGUCCUGGCAAAAAUAUCAGCACUUCAAAAGAGACAUCGGAAACCAACCUCAUCAAAAGAACAUCUGGUAAACGCAAAAUAGCUCCUUCAAC